AUGAGCCUGCUGCACCAUACCCACUUGAAUGGGGAACGUUUCCUCAUUGAUCCGUGGAAUCAUGGAACUGGGAUUAUGAGAGCAGUCCUUACUCGCUUCACGGACCUCGAUGUCACCCAUGCGGGCUCCCUUAUUGCCAUCGUCGGUGCUGCUCCUGCCGGCUGGAGAUUGCUACGCAGCGCCUGGUAUGAAGCCUAUAGCUGGAUACGGCAAUUCUUUGUCGCUUCUGUUACCGUGCCAGGCGGUGAUCCCGUCAAUUCCAAUCUGAUAAAAUGGCUUGUCUCCCACAGGCCGCGGCAUCAUCGUGCUUUUACCGGCCGCACAGAGAUGGGCCGUGGCGAUGCGACGGAUCGGGCGGCCUCCCUGAAGAAGACCCGACGAAGUGUCCAGUACGCACCUCACUGGGACUCCAGGUGGUUUUUUCACCAUGGCCGGCUGUUUGUCGCAAGCCGCGACAACUUUAGCAGUUCCGCGAUGUCAGACCCAGCAUAUGAGGGGGUUGGUGGCGAACAGCUAACCAUCAGCUGUUUCGGGUGGUCCAUUGAGCCCAUCCAAAAUCUGAUCGAGGUAGCCCGCGAGUUCGCAGACCGUCAGACGCAGUACUUUGUCAUAAUUUACGGACGCGAUCGAUACGGCAUGUCCUGGCAACCCAAAACGCGCAAGCCAAUUCGAUUACUGGAUACAGUGCAUUUCGAUGACACUGUCAAGCAGGAGCUCUUGAACGACAUCAGAAAGUACCUCGAUCCGCGGACGCAGCGUCGAUACCAGAGUCGCAGCAUGCCCUAUCGCCGGGGCUACCUUUUCUACGGCCCUCCAGGCACCGGAAAGUCGUCUUUGUCGACAGCUUUGGCGGGCGAGUUCGGCCUCGAUCUCUACGAGGUGAAAAUCCCCAGCAUCGCAUCGGACUCAGACUUGGAGCAGAUGUUCCAGGAGAUACCGCCGCAGUGUAUUGUGUUGCUUGAAGACAUCGAUGCCGUCUGGAUCGAACGAACUUCGCGCUCGCAUUCCCCGGACCGGAGGAGCGAACGGAGCGGCGGAAGCGACAGAGAGAACAGUCGCGCGAAUUGCACGUUAUCGGGCCUGCUCAACGUGCUGGAUGGAGUCGGCUCCCAGGAAGGACGCAUCGUGAUCAUGACGACCAACAAACCUGAGCUGCUCGAUCCCGCACUUGUCCGGCCUGGCCGUGUCGACAUGAAGGUCUUUCUGGGGAACAUCACGCCUGCUUCGGCUGAGCAGAUGUUCGUCCGCAUGUUCUCGCCCGACGAGAUGGUUACUAGUGAUACAAUCCCGAGCUCCAUCCAGCAGCGUAGCCACGUCGUCGAUCUGGACGAUAUCAGAGACCUUGCACGCAACUUCGCAAAAGCAAUCCCAGACAACGUUUUCACGCCGUCGCAGUUGCAGGGGUUCUUCCAAUUGCAUCUGGACAGCGCUGACGACGCAGCCAAUGGAAUUACUUCUUGGGUAGAGAAAGAGCUGGAGCGGCAGGCCAAUAGCAGCUUCGAGUUCCUCGAGAACGGCGUCGUGAAGCGGGUGUAA